UCCUUUGAUUUUUACAAAGUCUCCAUUUUUCAUUUUCUUUCUUCCCAAACACACUCAUCUUCCAAUGCUUGAGACCUUAUUUCUUUGAUCAUCCGGGUUUUCUUUUCUGGAUUAAUCUUGGUUUUCUUAGAACAAUGAAUCUACAAGAGAGGAACUUUCUGGCUCUUCCUGCUGAUAAAUCUCCAAUGGGGUUUCAGAUUCCAACCUCUUCAAUGGAACAAAGCAAUAAAUGUUUGAGCUUUGAGCCAUUGCAAAUCAGGGGGACUCAAACUGUUGCUGCUGCUGGUGGUGCCAAAAAUGGGCACACCAAGCUUUGUUGUAGGGGUCAUUGGAGGCCAGCUGAAGAUGCUAAGCUAAAAGAUCUUGUAGCUCAACACGGUCCUCAAAACUGGAACUUGAUAGCUAAACAUCUUGAAGGGAGAUCAGGCAAAAGUUGUAGAUUGAGAUGGUUUAACCAGCUGGAUCCAAGGAUCAACAGAAGAGCAUUCAGUGAGGAAGAAGAAGAGAGGCUGGUAGGUGCACAUAAGGUGUAUGGCAACAGAUGGGCAAUGAUUGCUAGGCUGUUCCCUGGUAGAACUGAUAAUGCAGUGAAGAAUCAUUGGCAUGUGAUAAUGGCUAGGAAACAUAGAGAACAAUCAAGCAUUUAUAGGAGGAGGAAGCCUUCUUCUUUAGCCGCCAGUGAUCAAUCAACCAUUUCAUCAGUCUCUACUUGCACUGAUCUUGCACUCAGUCCAUCAUCAUCAGCCAAAAUGUCCCAUCAACCUUUCACUCCAUUUCACCAGAUGGGUAAAUUUGCAGGUUCACCAAGGGAAAAGGUAAAUGUGUGUUACCAACAAGGAGUAUCCAUGGGAGUGGACCAACAUGCUAACUCAUCAGAUUCUAACUCAGAAGUUUCAGCAACUGACUCAGUGGUCACAAAUAGGACCAACCACUCCCAAACUGGAGAUGGAGAUUUGAAGAUCAACAUCAUGUGCUUCAUUGAUUUCCUUGGAGUAGGAGCUUCUUAAAA